AUGCGGUCUCAUCUAUUUACUGCCUUUCUUGCUUCGGGCGCUUUCGCCGCUCGAGAGUUCCUAAAUGAGCCUGACACUGGUAUCGAUGAUGUUCUCGGCGAUCUUCCAAAGGGGACUCUGCCGGAUUUAUCGGACAUCGUUGGACUCCCCGACUUUGACUGGGCCGCUCGUCAUUAUCUCCCAAGCAAGAAUUACACUUACUACCGUAACGGUGCUGCAGGAGAAUGGUCAUACCGCAACAAUCUGGAGGUCUUCCACAGAUACAGGCUGAGGCCCAGAGUUAUGGUUGAUAUCACCAACAUUGAGAGCACUCUACCGACAACUAUUCUUGGCCAUAACUUCUCUGCGCCCAUCUUCAUCAGCCCGUGUGCUCGUGGUGGCUAUGGCCAUCCCGAGGCAGAGCUCAAUCUAGUAAAAGGUGCAGCAGCCGGCAACAUUCUCUACAUGCCGGCACUCCUCGCAUCAUACACGAUUGAAGAGAUUGCUGCUGCCAAAGCGGAAGGCCAAGUCGUUUUCCAACAGCUCUACCUCUCCUCAAACGACACUGAGACCCAAGACCUUUUGGACCGCUCCAAAGCAGCGGGUGCAAACGCCAUUGUAUUCACUGUCGACUCCGCGGCAGAUGGAAAUAGACACCGAGCUGCCCGCUACGGUGUCGGGUCCGCUGACUCUGAGUAUACUUAUAUCACUUGGGAUUAUUAUAACAAGAUCACUACUAUGACUGAUCUUCCCGUCAUUCUCAAGGGAAUCAUGACAGUCGAUGACGCCAAACUUGCUGUCAAGCACAAAGUUCCGGCUAUCAUCCUCUCAAAUCACGGCGGCAGGCAGCUCGAUGGCAGCCCUUCGUCUCUUGAAGUUGCUCUCGAGAUACACGAAAAAGCUCCCGAGGUUUUCAAGCAAAUCGAAGUCUAUGCCGAUGGUGGUGUGCGAUAUGGUGCUGAUGUGCUCAAGCUGCUGUCCCUGGGUGUCAAAGCUGUUGGCUUGGGUCGUCCUUUCAUGUUUGCCAACGUCUUUGGCACUAAAGGUAUCGAGAAAGCCAUUGACAUUAUUAAACAUGAAAUCGCCAUUGAUGCUGCGAAUCUUGGCGUUGGGAGUCUCGAGCAGAUUAACCCCAGCUAUGUUCAGUGGACCCCCAAUAACUGGAUGGGAUAA